UUACUAUUCUGCUCUACCACCACAUAUUGCUGAUAAACUACGUGACAAGGGCUUCCUCUCGGACCUGGAGGCCCAUAUCGAGACUAGACUCGGUCGUAUGUCCGCCCGGGACAUCUCCCUUAUAUCUCGCUCUACUACUACUAUCGGAAUCGAUCGGAUGACGGAAGCCUUCCUUCGAUCGAAGGAGAUACAGACCGGCAAUCUGCUUUACUAUUGCGUCACCUUGCUCAAGGCAGGA